AUGAGCGGAUCGGAUGUGCCCCGACCUGCCUCUGCGCAGCCGUUUCUACCGACCAACAGCACCUCCGCGCCCACCUCCGCGCCCGCGACGUCAACCUCUGCACAUGCGCCUGUGCCUGCCUUCUCCCUCACAUCCAACCCCACCGACCUCAAGAAUCCCAUUUCAGCGUUAAGAGAUUCUUCUACUACUCCACAUAACCAUCCAAUCCAUCACCAUUCAGAUGUCAAAGGAAAACCUUUGCCCUAUGUCGCCUGUCACAACGGACAUGGCCCUGCCAUAGCGAAAGACGGUGUCGGCGCUGCCCUCACAGACACGCCCAUGUCGUCAACUCCAGGAAGCCCGCGCAUGUCUGCCAUCCGAAUGAAUUCUUCGAAUUCGACGCCGCGCAUUCGUCCCACCACCCUCGAUAUCCCCGGGCUCACCAAGUCAAAGGUUUCUCCCGACGGCAAGAUCGCACAGCGGGAUGUUGGAUCAAAACUCGUCAUCGUCAUGGUGGGUCUGCCCGCACGUGGCAAGAGUUACAUCACAAAGAAGAUGACGCGCUAUCUUAAUUGGCUCCAACACGACACCAAGAUCUUCAAUGUCGGCGAGAAGCGUCGUACCGCUGCGAGCGGUCACGGAUACCGCCUGUCAUCGGUCAGUCGCUCGGCAGAGGCAGAUGCUCUGAAUGACGGUUCGCAAACCCUUCCGCAGAUCGCUGCAAAGCUUUUGAUAAAUGGUGGCUCCUCUUCGACAAAUGAAGCACUAUCCCCACUCGAUAUCGGAAUUUCUGCACGCAACCUCCCCGAGGAUGCCCUACAGGAGGUCGAACCCAUACCGCGGGUGGUGGUGAACUCGCCGGGUCCUCAAGUGCCCACUCCGCCCAAGAAGGACGAACAGGCGCAGGAAGAGAAUGGUGGGGAGGAGGACGACGAUACGUUGGACCAGUCGGCGAACUUUUUCGACCCCACCAACAAGAAGGCAGCCCAGCUCCGAGAGCAAUGCGCAAUGGAGACUCUCGAUGAUCUGCUCGACUACAUUCUCUUCAACAAUGGUUCCGUCGGUAUCUUCGAUGCUACCAACAGCACUCUCGCCCGGAGGAAGCAGAUCAUGGAGAGGAUACGGCAACGGGCUGGCCCAGAAUUGAACGUCCUCUUCGUCGAGAGUCUCUGCCAGGACCCGACCUUACUUGAGUCAAACAUGCGAUUGAAGCUCUCCGGUCCGGAUUACGAGGGUAAGGACCCCGUAGCGGCCUUGGAGGAUUUCAAAAAGCGCGUUGCCAUCUACGAGAAGAACUACGUUCCGAUCGGAGAUUACGAAGAAGACAACAACAUGCCUUUCGUCAAGAUGGUCGACGUCGGUCGCAAGAUGAUCUCGCAUCAGGUAAAGGGUUUCCUUGCCGGCCAGGCCGUUUACUACCUCCUCAACUUCAACCUGGCUCCGAGAAUGAUCUGGAUUACUCGCCACGGCGAAUCCGAGGACAACCAGGCCGGCAAGAUCGGCGGCGAUUCCAGUCUCAGCCCCAACGGCCAGAAGUAUGCCCAGGCCAUGACCAGGUUCAUCGACAAGCAGCGUAGCAUUUGGGAGGUUCACCAAGCUGACAAGGCCGCUCAUACCCAUUUCCCCCCGGUUCCUGGCGAUCAUACCCCGCCCAAUCCUUACUACGACGCCGGUGUCGAGGCGAAGAAUUUCUGUGUGUGGACUUCCAUGCUCAAGCGUAGCAUCCAGACGGCUGAGCACUUCUGUGAGGAGGAUUACGAUAUCAAGCAGAUGAAGAUGCUUGAUGAGCUCAACGCUGGAAUCAUGGAGGGACUGACCUACGAGGAGAUUAGGACUCUCCACUCAGACGAGUACGAACGACGCAAACAGGACAAGCUGGCUUACCGCUAUCCGGGACCUGGAGGCGAGGGUUAUCUCGACAUCAUCAACCGUGUCCGGCCCGUCAUCGUCGAGCUGGAGAGGAUGACUGACCACUGCCUUUUGGUCACUCACCGAUCCGUCGCGCGUGUGCUCAUCGCCUACUUCCAAGGUCUGAAACGAGAAGACGUUGCAGAUCUCGACUGCCCGCUUGGUCUACUCUAUCAACUUGAGCCCAAGCCGUAUGGAGUCGAGUUCAAAGCCUGGCGCUACAAUGCGGAACUCGACGACUUUGAGUACGUCCCCGACUAUAAGCUACGACGAGCGACUUCUCACCACGCUUAA